CAUUGAGUACAGAAGACAAAUUGGAGUACAAAUUCUACCCAAUUUCUUCCCAGCAAUUGCAAUUUCGCAUAAAAGCGCCUAACGAUGCCCACGUCGCUUUGACGGCUGGACCUUUUGAAGGAGAACCUAUGUUUGAGAUUUUCAUCGGAGGCUGGAGCAACAGCAAGUCAGUUAUAAGGAAAAACCGCUCUAAGCCCGAUGUUACUGAGGCUGAAACUCCUGCAAUUUUGGACGCUAAUGAAUUCCGUGGAUUUUGGAUCAGAUGGAACGACGGAGCCCUGAGUGUUGGAAAGGAAGGUGAACAUUCCGCUUUCAUGACCUGUAACGAUCCCGAGAUCGCUAUGAUUAAUCACUUUGGUGUUUGCACCGGAUGGGGAGCCAGUGGCGAAUGGUUAAUUGAAGGUCAGUUAAUUAAUUUAAUUAGACCGGUAAAAAAUACAAAAAUUAUGAAAAUUAAAUUAGCCGACAUUUGA